UUUUUCCAUAUUCCGUGAUGUCACUAUAACAGAGGGAUGGGGUACCCAGAAGCCCAGGCCAUGGAUGAGUUUCCAGUACAGAGAAAAGGGGACCGACUGCCCUUUCAGAUCUUCCCAGAUCCAGUAGUAGUUGUGAGCACUGAAGGCACUCUGAGCUGCGUGCCCCAGGGGAAGGAGCGCCUGCCGUCCAUCGUGGUGGAGCCUACAGAUGUCAGUGAGGUGGAGAGCGGGGAGCUGCGCUGGCCCCCGGAAGACAUGGACUUCGAUGAAGAUGAAGAUCUGUUCUUGGAGCAGUGCAUCCCACCCGCUAACAUCGCCGACUGGGGGGAGGAUGAAGAAGAGAGCUCUGUCAUUGAAAACCCCCAGCAGACCACUUCUCUGUUAGAUCUUCAAACGGAUGACUUUAGGGACGACACCCCAACUCUUCCUCCAGAGAGUGCUUCGGCUCUGAACUGAUGGACCCGUCCUGUUCUCAGGGUCGCGACAUGUUGAACCUGUGCUGCCACGUCUCAUGUAAAUGAGUGAAGGACGCUUUCCUGAGCAGCAGCUUCCAGAGGAACUAAUUGGACCAUGCGACUCUGAAUGUGGGCUGACCGUGGUCGCACACUAACA